AUGACCUAUAAUAAGAUACAAUAUUUUAAAUUGAAUCGGAUCUUGCUGUUCACACUUGGCUUAUGGCCUUAUCAGCAACCAAAAAAUGCUCGAGUUAAAGUAAUCUUAUAUCUUGGUAUUCUGGUGAGGAGUUUAUUCGAGUACAUGCGGCAUAUGUGUAACAAACUAAAAGACAAAAAUGAAAUUGCUAUCAUAGAAGGUUGUGGACGUAUAGUGAAACGUUAUACGAUUAUAUUUACAUUGGUCAGCAUAUUUUAUAUAUUUAUAUUAAUUGUUCAGUCAUUCUGGGUACAAAAUUUUGAUGUUCAUUUAGUCAUGAAUGAAUCUCGGUCACAUUCCACAGUGCAUUUUAUAAGGAACUAUCUUGACAAUCGAAUAAAAUGGUUAAAUUUACACCUGCUGUAUACGAUUUUAAUUAUUUGUAUAGAAUUAACCAUAACAAUUGCAACUGGUGGAGCUUUCAUAUUUUGUUUCCAGUAUAGCUGCGGAAUGUUUGAUAUCGCAAGCCAUCGUAUUAAUCAAGCGUUAAGUAUUAAACAGAAGACCCAAAACGAUACUAACCUAGAGAAUGAAAUCAAAAUUCACAUAGCUAUCAUUUACGCCGUGGACAUUCAUCGCAAAGCUAUCGACUACGCCACGUUUUUAAUAACCAGCUUUGAGGGAACAUUUUUCUUCAUGAUACUAUUUGGUGUGAUUAGCUUGAGUCUUAAUCUUUAUCGCGUUUAUCAGAUUGUAUUAUAUGGAUACGAAGACAAGGAAUUAUUAAUACAUUUAGGAUAUUUACAUGCCAUCGUUAUAUACAUGUUCGCAUCGAAUUAUAUAGGGCAACAAAUUACGGACCACUACAAUAAUAUAUUUAUUACCGCGUAUAAUAUUCGUUGGUAUAUGAAAUCUCUACCUAUACAAAGAUUGUUAGUGUUGCUGCUGCAGAGGGGAAACAAAACUUUCUUUUUGAAUAUCGGUGGAUUAUUUUCGGCAUCCUUAGAAUGUUUCGCUACGGUAAAUAAAUAUCAGACUAAAUCGCGCCGUAUUUAUGAUAGCAUAUUUUAA